AUGGUAAACCUUUGUUUAAAUUUAAAGACCAAAGGACCAGGAAAACUAAGCGAACCCAAUGCUUAUGUUUACUAUGAGAACAAGUUCAUUGUUUGUGCCAAGCAUAAUCAUUGGUUGAAAGUUGAUAAAUCAGGGACGUUUUUGUACAAGAUAGAAGAGCAAGACAAGGAUAAUGGACAGCUGUUUUACUCACGGGGAUUGUGUGUCCAGAAAUGUGGCAAUCACCAUAAUCUUCUUGUAUGCAAUGUUGGCAAUCACCGUGUUGAUCAGUUUACACUGGGGGUUUCUUCACUGGAAAAACUCUUGAUAAAUUACAAUACCCCAUAG